UUUCUUUUUAUUAUAAAAAUUUUUUCAGUUAAUUAUUUCCUAUUUUGCUAUUAUUUUUCCUUCAUAAUAUUUUUUUUUAAUUCAAAGCGAUUUUUUUCGUUUAUUUUUUUCCUGAUUUUUCUUCUAGCCUUUAACUCAAAAAAUGAAAUUUUUUUGAAAAUUUUAGAUUUUUUAAAGGCUAACUUUAUUUUUGAGAGUCGAAAGGCUUUUAUUAUUAUUGUCAGAUUCAAAAAGUGUUAUUUUUAUAUUUAUGGUGCUUCUUCAGAAAUUCUUUUUAAAAUUCUCUCGAAAUAAUUCUGUUACGCAUUCUCUCUAACGGGUCUUUUUUGUUUUUUAAAUUUUUUUCUAAAUUAUUUUCUUCUCUUUUGUUUUUAUUUCUUUGUGAUAAAAAUACACUAUUAUUAAUGUGAUUUUGAGAGGAUGUCAAUAACAGUUUCAGCUGCUCAACUUGGUGAACAACAACAAAAACAAUUUAGUUAUUUACCAAAAAUAAUAAAUGGAGGAAUUGCUGGAAUUGUUGGUGUAACUUGUGUAUUUCCUAUAGAUUUGGUCAAAACCCGUUUACAAAAUCAAAAAGAAUUGCCUAAUGGAAAGGUUCAAUAUCAAGGAAUUUUGGAUUGUGGACGUCAAACAUGGAGAAAUGGGGGGCCUACUGUUUACAGCAAAAUUCGUUCAUUAUAUUCUGGCUCUAGUGUAAAUAUUUUGUUGAUAACUCCAGAAAAGGCAAUAAAAUUGGUUGCUAAUGAUUUUUUUCGUUAUAAAUUGGCAUCUCCAAAUGAAAAAAAACUUUCAAUACCAAAAGGAAUGCUUGCAGGUGGUGCAGCAGGUUUUUGUCAAAUAAUUGUAACAACACCUAUGGAAUUACUCAAAAUACAAAUGCAACGUUUGUAA